AUGCCUCGUGAUUCGGAAUCAACUUCUCCUCAUCUUGAAACAGCACGAAUACUCAAAGACUGGCUGAGAGAAGUCGAGUUUGACCUCCAGCAACCAUUGCGACCGUUUCCGACAGAGCUCUAUGAUCAACUUCGUGAAUGGAUUCUGUCUCAGGGUCUAAAGGAGUGCCAGCUCGAUCUCAUAUUGAACCUCUUGCCCACAUGCACCAGCGCUGCAGACAAAUGGUACCCUCGGGCUUCCAUCCGAGUAAAGCGAUACAUUGCUCUUUACACAACUUUCCUCCUCUACGUCGAUGAUAGAGCCGAGAAGGAUCUUGACGGCGUGCUUCCCGAUUUCCGACGCAUUGCGUCUCGAUCAAGCAUGGGGCUGCAAUCUACGUCGUGUCAGGACGCCGGCAUCGCGUUGUGGCUAGAUCUCAUCGUUUCGGAGACCGAGUCGCUUUUUGGUCCAUAUUCUACCGGCGUUAUAUCCAAAGGAUUUGUGGACUUCAUACUGGGAAAUAUGGCUGAAGCAGGCUUGGCUGAAAGCCUGACACUGCCAGUAAAGUUUGCAUCUAGGAGCUCUCAAUUUAUCCGCGACAAGACGGGUGCAGGUGAAGUAUAUGCUCACUUCCUGUUUCCAGAGCAUCUCAUCAACGAAGGCGAAUCCUUUAAAAUGUACAUUCAGUGUGUGCGAGCAAUGAUUGAUAUUAUCAACCAUGUGAAUGACAUCUUGUCAUUCUUCAAAGAGUGUGUCGUUGGCACGGACGAAAACACACAUAUCGUGAACAUAGCCGGAGCUGCUGGCUGUGCCCCACAGAUGAUUCUGAAACAGGUGUGCUCGGAGAUGUCUGAGGCUAUGAAGGUUGUCAAGAACGCAUUCGAAAGCAUGCCGCAGGUCGCAGAAAUUUGGCACGAUUUCAUUAAUGGUUACAUUAUGUGGCAUAUCCAUCACGACCGAUAUAGAUUGAAAGAACUGGGUUUACUUAUCUUUUCGGAUUCGCAGGUGUAA